AUGUGGGGUCGCAACAGUUCUGGCUUUCGGUGGUGUGAUUUAUACCGUGACCAACUGCAGGAUGAACAGCAGCAGGAGGAUUCCACCGUUAGUGAUACGACGAACGAUGCGUGGAACUACGUGGUGUUCGUAUUGUUCGUGGUCAUCUCAGCGCUCAUCCCGAUCCGGAAGCGUUUGUUUCGACGUAGCACGAAUAGCAAGAGCAAGCAGGACUAUGUGUUCGGAGCCGGUCACAUCUCAACACUGGCCAUGAUGCUGUCGAUAGCGCGUGGAACCUUGGGAGUCAUCUCGGUGCUGGGGUACCCGAGCGAGUUCUUCUACCGAGGAUCGGCGAUGUGGGAGUCCCUGUAUGGGGUUAUCACCGCGUACCCGAUCGUAUGCUUUGUGUUCAUCCCGGUGUACUUCGAUCUUGGCAUUACGUCCGUGUAUCAGUAUCUGGAGCUGCGGUUCAACAGUCGCCUAGUGCGCUGCCUCGCCUCGGGUACCUAUAUUGUGCGGACUCUUCUCAGCCUUGGAGUGACCAUCUACACACCGACGGUGGCACUGAACACCAUCAUCGGGGUGCCGUACUGGGUGUCGCUUCUAUCCAUAACGGUGAUCAGUAUUUUCUUCAACGCCCUCGGUGGAUUGAAGGCAGCCGUUGCCGCAGAUGUCAUACAGAGUCUCAGCAUGACCGCAAUGCUGGUCGGUAUCAUCAUCUACUGCAGCAUUACGGUGGGUGGUGUGGACAAAAUAUUUGCCAUCAGCUCCGAGAAUGAUCGUUUUGCGUUUUUCAACUUCGCUACCGAUCUCCAUCUCCGCGUGACGACUACCUCCGCCUGGCUUGGCGAACUGUUCAACUCGCUGAGCCUGCUGGGUUGCCAGCAGAACUUUGUCCAGCGCUACCUCAGCAUGCCGACGUUCGGGCAGAUCCGGCGUACGCUUAUGCUAAACAUCCCAGUGGUGAUACUGCUGUUUUCACUGCCGUGGUUCGUCGGGAUGGCCAUCUACGCCAUCUACUAUCACUGCGAUCCGCUGCGGGCGAGCGUGAUCGAGAAAAUGGACGAAAUACUGCCGUACUUCAUGAUGGAUCGGUUCAAGCGCGUCCCCGGAGUGUGGGGAAUCUUCGUGGGCACCCUUUUCAACGGUGCGCUGACACUGAACAUUUCCAACAUCAACUCGCUGGCAACCGUCACCUGGGAGGACUUUCUUUCUCUGAUUCCGGCCCUGAAGAGGAAAAGCGAAACACAUCAGCUGAACGUGAUCAAACUGGUCGGCACAGUUUAUGCCAUACUGAUCAUGGGAGUCGGUUUCAUCGUGGGACUACUGUCGGGCGUGAUCGAGUCUUCGAUGCUGAUCAUAUCGGCCACCUCGGGACCGCUCCUCGGUGUCUUCAUUCUGGCCAUGUUCAUCCCGUUCGCCAACUGGAAAGGGGCCGUAAUGGGUAUGGUGGUUUCACAUCUAUCGAUCCUGUGGAUCGCCGUCGGGCGGCUGAUCGAGUCGAGUAUCAGUGACGCAUUGUUGGACACUUCGAUCGAGGGAUGCUAUGCGGAUCUGCUUCUGGCGGAAGCUACGGCAGCUGCCUCGAAUAAUACGUCGCUGGUGAGCAUCGCAAUGGAGGAGAGUGUAAACGCUGCCGAAACGAGCGAUCUGCUCACACGUAUCUAUUCCAUCACGUACAUGUACUACGGCGUGUUUGGAACCGUUUUGACCGUGCUGUCCGGAAUCGUGUUCAGCCUGGCCACCUGGAGCAGCCAAGAUGCGUAUAAUAUGAAAAUGCUGCAUCCGGCAGUGCGAUGGCUGUACGCGCGCAGUCCCUUUAGUGGGAAGCGCUUCGGUUCGUUCGAGGUCAGUUCCGACAAUUUCAACGCUUCCAGGAAGAAAGUAGUUCCAAAAUGCUGA